AUGACAUAUGACAACAAGACACUGGAGCCAAUCCUACCUAUUCUGGCUGAUGACGAGAAAGAGCAUGUCAUUGUUCCACAUGAUGAAUGCUUGUUCUCAGCCAACAAUCAGCAUCGCCAUCUUUGGCUAGCUGGUGAUCAACAACCUCUGCGAAAGAAGGGAAAUGGACACUCAGUUCAUGUAUCUGACUUUAUUCUUGAGCCUUGUGGCUGCCUGGCCCUUAAUGCUGAAGAAAUUGCAAUGCAGGAGAAGCUCCCAGCUCACCUUCACUUAAAGACAUAUGAUGCGCGCAAGAUUAUUUAUCCCGGAAAGAACCAUGACAAAUGGUGGGACAUUUCUCAACUUCAAGAUCAACUUCGAGGUGCAAUCGACAUUUUUGAAUUCAAGCUACCGAAUAAAACUGGAGUGUUUGUAUUUGAUUGUUCUGCAGCACAUGAAUCCUUUGCGGCUGAUGCUCUCAAUGUAAACAAUAUGAAUGUCAAACCCGGAGACAAGCAGGCACACCUUCAUGACACCGUGAUUCCUCUCAAAAAUCCCGCACCUCAAUCCGGUCAACCUGACACACGAGGACAACCACAAUCCCUUAUAUAUCCACUUAAUCAUCCAGAGUAUCCCGGACAGCCAAAGGGUAUGAGGGCUGUUCUUCAAGAAUGGACAUCAGUUUGGGAGAAGCUGUGCAAGGAAGCCAGCGGUGAAAAGAAAGUCAUUGGUAUGUGUAAAGUGUGCAAGAUGAGUGAGAAGAAGAAAGAUGCUUUGAGGCAUCUCGCAUUAGCUGAAAUGGCUGGACAGGAGGACACUGUUGAUGAUGUCUUGCUUCAGCAGCUUGAUGAAACUCGAGAUGUGGAAGACUCAUUGAAUGAGUGGUGCUGCAUGACAAGGGUUCUCGCUCUUCAAGAUGAUUUUGUGAGCGAGAAACCUCUCAUCCAAACAUACAUUGAGUCCCGCAGUCAUAUGUGCCUCUUCCUCCCGAAGUUUCACUGCGAGUUCAAUCCGAUUGAGCUUUUGUGGGGUUACGCCAAGUAUCGUGCAUCCUUCAUUGAUUGUGAUACUGUAGUGACAUGA